CACCAACGCUGAGCCACUGUACCCGCGCGACUCUGCCCACAGUUGGACGUGCUUGCCCCUGUUCUACCCCGUGCUACCCUUCCCUCAGGCCAGCCCCGGCACCUGCCCCUAGCCUGCCCCUCGACCACACCUCCGUCAUGACGGCGUCUGCAGGAGGCGUCCUCCUCCUUCUCUCAUCGAUGGUCGCCGCUGCCGCUGCCGCCGCUACUUACGAUAAAGGGUUGACCUCGUCGACGCGGUCAGGACUGCAGGAGAAGACCCUGGUGCUGAGCUUCCAGGGGGUGGCGCCCCCUAGGAGAUCGGGGGGCUCCAGUCCCUCCCCUCACCACCUCAUCCUCUCUCUGGCCUUCCCUGACCACACGCGCUUUGCCAUCAGCCUCGACAGAGCCCGUUCUCAUGUGGUGCUGGAGAGCGUGGUGAACGGGGAGGCGGCGACGCAGAGGGUGCGGGCGCCGCCGGUCAGGCCCCGCGCCGUGGUGCGCUCGGUGGUGGUGGAGGUGAACCAGGAGUCCGCGCUGGCUACCGUCUACGUCAACUGUCGUCUCAUGGGUUCUGUCAACCUGCCCAAGGUGCCCAGGGACAUGGCUGCGAACGACCACGACCUUCGGGUGUACCGGGAGCGUCAUGCGGAAGUAAGCGUCGACUGGGACAUCUCAGUGAUGGAGAUCCUAGAGAAGCUGGGCUGCCCCACUGACGGCGACACCGGCGAAGUCCAGGCCCAGGCGAAUGAAGUUUAUACCUACCGCAGAGCUGUGAGGUGUCACAACCUCCUUGGGCAACCUUGCCCCACUUUCACGCAGCCCAUCACCCCUCCUGACCGAGGAGACAUUCCCAUCAUUCAUGAAGACGAGGCCAGUAAUAAGCUGGUCAAGACCCUAGCGGAGCUCAUCGAGACCAUCAAAGAGCUGCAGAUUGAGAUCCAGACGCAGCGUGAGGAGACAGCUCUGCUACGCGACGCCCUACUCAACUGCGAGGCCUGCAAACCUAAACCUGACAACGACCCCUGCUCGCCAAACCCCUGCUUCCCUGGCGUGGAGUGCACCAGGGGUCCAGAGGGAGCCCGCUGCGGACCCUGCCCAAGGAGCUUCCUGGGGGACGGACGCGACUGUAAGCCCGGAGUCACCUGCGCCGACCGUCCCUGUGCCCGAGGCGUGCGCUGCUACGACAUGCCCGACGGAUAUCGCUGCGGCCCGUGUCCUCCCGGCCAGACCGGUGAUGGUCGCAUCUGUAACCCCAUCAGCGCCUGCGACCCCAACCCCUGCUUCCCGGGUGUUCAGUGCUCCAACACCAACACCGACCCCUACUUCCGCUGCGGCCCCUGUCUCCCUGGCUUCACCGGCGAUGGCGUCUCCUGUGAAGAUAUCAACGAGUGUGAGCUGGCGGCGCCCUGUGAUCCCCGCGUCAGGUGCAUCAACAUGUCGCCCGGGUUCAGGUGUGACCCGUGCCCGCCCGGGUUCAGUGGCUCCCCCGGCCUCCAGGGCAUUGGCAUCCAGUUCGCCAGGCAGAACCGUCAGCGCUGCCUCGACAUCAACGAGUGCUACGACGGCAACAAUGGCGGCUGUGUCCACAACUCCGAGUGCGUCAACACGGAAGGGUCGUACUACUGCGGGGAUUGCCUGGCCGGCUUCUCCGGCAACCAGAGCCUCGGCUGCCACAACCGGCCCGGCCUCUGUCCCGAUGGGAAGCAGUGCGAUGUCAACGCCGAUUGUGUCAGGCCCUUCGGUCUCAUGAGCUACACCUGCCAGUGUCACGUCGGAUGGGCUGGCGACGGCCAGCACUGCGCGCCGGACAGAGAUCUGGACAGGUGGCCGGACUACGACCUGGGGUGCGCCGACCCCCACUGCCGCCAGGAUAACUGCGUCUCCACACCCAACUCCGGUCAAGAGGACUCCGACAACGACAACAUCGGUGACGCCUGCGACGUCGACGCCGACAACGACGGCAUUCCCAACAGUCCCGAUAACUGCCCGCUGGUGCCCAACCCCGACCAGGCCGACACAGACCCCGACGGAGCCGACAAACAGGGUGACGCCUGCGACAACUGCCCCACCAUCCCCAACCUCGACCAAGAGGACAAUGAUAAGGAUGGCAUUGGCGAUGCUUGUGAUCCCGAUAUGGACAAUGACGGUGUCCCCAACCGUCAGGACAACUGCCCGCGGACACCCAACUCAGACCAGCAGGACACGGACCGCGACGGGCUGGGGGACGCCUGCGACAACUGCCCCGAUAUCCGCAACCCGCACCAGGAGGACAUGGACAAGGACCUGGUGGGCGACGCCUGCGACUCAGAAGGCGACAUUGACUCCGAUGGCGUCAACGACGACAUGGACAACUGCCCCGAUACGCCCAACAGCAACCAGCACGACGCAGACGACGACGGACGCGGCGACGAGUGCGACCUCGAUGCUGACAACGAUGGCAUCCCCAACAACAGAGACAACUGCUGGCUCGUCUAUAACCCCGACCAGCGCGAUUCCAACGGCAACGGCAUGGGCGACAUCUGCGAGGGUGACACAGAUGACGACGACGUCCCCGACUACCAAGAUAACUGCCCCAAUAACUCCAAGAUCUACGCAACUGACUUCAGAACGUACCAGACAGUUGUGCUGGACCCCGAGGGAGACUCUCAGAUAGACCCCAACUGGGUCAUCUACAACAAGGGCGCAGAGAUCGUCCAGACCAUGAACUCCGACCCUGGCCUGGCUGUAGGUUUCCAUAGAUUUGGCGGAGUCGACUUCGAGGGCACCUUCUUCGUGGACACAGAGAUAGACGAUGACUACGUGGGCUUCAUAUUCAGUUACCAGGACAAUGCCAACUUCUACACGGUGAUGUGGAAAAAGAACACUCAGACGUACUGGCAGGCGACGCCAUUCAGAGCUGUGGCCGAGCCUGGUAUACAACUGAAGUUGGUGCAGUCUUCCUCGGGGCCAGGACAGAUGAUGAGGAACUCUCUAUGGCACACUGGCGACACUGAGGACCAGGUGAAGUUACUAUGGAAGGACCCGCGCAACGUCGGCUGGAAGGAGAGGACCGCUUACCGCUGGCUGCUUCUUCACCGACCCAAGAUCGGCCUCAUCCGCCUUCGUAUCUUCGAGGGCGAAAACAUGGUGGCCGAUUCUGGCAACAUCUUCGACAACCAGCUGAAGGGCGGUCGUCUAGGCGUAUUCUGCUUCUCACAGGAGAUGAUCAUUUGGUCAGAUCUUGUCUAUCGCUGCAAUGAUCAAGUGCCGGAGGCCAUCUACAACCAGCUGACUCCAGAGCUGCAGCGUUUCGUGGACAUCGACAACAGCAGACCCGUGCCCAACGGCUUGUAGACCCGCCGCUCGAGGCGUCCAACAACCUCAGGAGAACGGGUCCUUAUAACGACAGUUUAUAUUUAAAAUGGACUAAAUCUACUUAAAGGGGACGUUGGUUAGGUUAAUGAAAUUUGUGUUUACGCAACCAGAGCCGCAUCUGCUAAAACAAAUAUGGCGUUAAAUAAUAAAGACUUCUCAACUUGGGAAUCGAUGGUGGACUUAGUACAGAUAAAUGGUUUUUGCCUAAGGAGAGAAAAAAUACUUCUUGAGAAAAACUGCUCAUGAUAGCACAUAUCUUCAUAAUCUAAUAUCUGCAAACAAAUAUAUCUAAAAGGCUCAGUGCCUUAAGGAGAAAAUAGUGAAAUUGCUUUGUAGUAUCGUGAGGUCAAUGGAACAUCAAUGGAGAGGUAGGCUCCGACACACUGCCAUUGGUUGCCACGUGUGAACAAAGGCACUUAGAUUCUUCUGUGAUUGAGAAAUACUAUUAAUUGGGUUCUUAGGAAUCCUGCAUAAAAAUGACCGGUUCACUUUUUUUUUAACAAUUCUGGCUUCUUGGUUACAUGCGCAGUGAGCCCCCAUGCAUACAUGCGCAGUGAGCCCUAUGCACACACGCGCAGUGAGCCCCAUGCCUACAUGCGCAGUGAGCCCCAUGCACACACUGCAGAGCCCCAUAUACACACGCGCAGUGAGCCCCAUGCAUACACGCGCGCAUGUCAAGCCUCAACAGUACGGAACCAUACAUUAUAACGAGACAUACGUUGUCCUAAGCCUAUUGCCACAUCAACAUCUCCUAAUUUUAAUCAAGAGAAAUAUUGAAACUGUCAAAUACAAGUUAACAUUGACAUUGUUGGAGUUAAAUUGCGACCAAACACCAACAUUAUGGAUUAUACUGAACUGGAAAUUUAGGUUUUUGCUUGGGCUUAAAAAUCUCAUAAUCAUAUCAAAUAAAAUAUAUUUAUGUAGGUGUAAGGUCCCGUGUACAUUAAGGGUAUAAGAGGUGUAAAUAGCUUGAGGUGACAUAUCGCAUCAUUAACAGUGAGUUUAACCCAGCAAGUCUGACCCUCUGUCUAAGGGAGAAUUUGUCAAGUUGAGGGUUAGGUUUGUCUAAAUUAUAUUAGGUGUAAUUUUAUUUGACACUGAAUAUGGCACGAACCUUCCUAACAUUUCUGUGGUUAUUUUUCAUUUGGGAAGUUGAAACAUUGACUUUCCAAAAUACAUUUCACAUAUAUAAUGGGCCUGAGGUAUUUUGCUAAGUUCAGUUUAGCAUACUGAGAGGCAGAGGGAUUAUAACACUAUCAUAUAUAGUCCGUGCAAGUGUUAAAAAGAGUUCUCUUGGUUGAUGAGCACCCACUGCUCGAGCUCACCGGUUGAUGAGCACCCAUUGCUCGAGCUCACUGGUUGAUGAGCACCCACUGCUCGAGCUCACUGGUUGAUGAGCACCCACUGCUCGAGCUCACUGGUUGAUGAGCACCCACUGCUCGAGCUCACUGGUUGAUGAGCACCCACUGCUCGAGCUCACUGGUUGAUGAGCACCCACUGCUCGAGCUCACUGGUUGAUGAGCACCCACUGCUCGAGCUCACUGGUUGAUGAGCACCCACUGCUCGAGCUCACUGGUUGAUGAGCACCCACUGCUCGAGCUCACCGAUGAGAAUGCAGUAGGACAUCGACAUCAAUCUCUUAGCACCCCAACAACAACUAUAUACCAAAUUAUUUGUUGACUUUCAAUUUCCCUUUGCCUCUGAGGAUGCUAGGAUAAACUGGGCUAACGGAGGAUGACCAUUUUUACCUGUAAAAUGAGAUUUAGAUCAUUACAUUUUCAGCUUCCUUCCCGAGUGAAAAGGCACCAACGAAAUUAACAAAAGUCGUGCUUUUGAUCAAGCUUUUUAUUCGACGCUUCAACAUAAGUAUGCAUCAUUAUCAGUACACACGAAUAUUAUUUGUCAGUCAUCAUUUAAAAUGAUUACAAUUAUCAAAAUUUACAAUGUUCUUUCAAUAUAUAUAUAAAAAAAACUAGUAGUUAAAUUACCUUAAACACUGUUCAGAAAUGGCAAAAUUUAGUUUUUGUAAACAAUUAGCUGAAUCUUAAACCAAGUUAAAAUACAACAAAACAAUUAAUGAAACUAGAUUCGCAGCAAAUAGUAUGCGAAAAUUGCUACAUGAAGGAUCACUGUGAAGGAAAGACCACGGCAGG